AUGGACGCGACGAUCGGCGACCCGUUGUUGGCAGCGUCCGUGGAGCGGGCGUUCGAGAAGCAGCCAUUGCCCGGGUUUUGGGAGCAGGUGACACCGCGGGCAGUGAUCGUCUCGGUGGUGCUCUCAAUCGUCUUCGCCUUCGUGAUCCUGAAGAUCCACAUGUCGACCGGCGUGGUACCUGGUAUGAACAUGGCAGUUAGCGUCCUCAGCUUUGCCUUACUCAAGUGGUUCAUCAGCCUGGUUCGGACGUGCGGCCUCCCGACAUCGCCGUUCACGCGCCAGGAGAACUUGUUGGUGCUGACCACCGUCGUUACAGUCAUCAACUUGGCCAUCACUGGUGGAUGUGCCUUGUACAUCGUAUCAAUGACCUCUGUUGUGGCAAAGUCACUCGGUGAAGAGUCAGAUCCGAGAGACAUUGUUGAUAACUUUCCAACAGGGGGAUGGAUGUUAUUCCUACUCUUGAUUGGUCUAAUGUCUAUCUUCAUUAGUGUCCCCUUUAACCAGGUGAUGAUUCUUGACUACAGAUUACUAUUCCCGACAGGAACAGCUCAAGCUCACCUUAUUAACAGUUUUCACACCCCUCAGGGAGCUAUUGUAGCAAAGAUGCAAGUUGCGACCAUAUUUAAACUUUUCAUCGGUAGCUUUUCUUGGACUUCGUUCACAUGGUUAUAUGCUUCAGGAAAAGGUUGUGGAUUUUCAAGCUUUCCCUUGUUUGGACUAGAAAUGUAUAAGAAGAGGUUCUUCUUUGACUUUUCUACAACAUUUAUUGGUGUGGGAAUGAUUUGCCCACCUAUGGUAAAUAUUACAUUGCUAGUCGGAGGCAUCACAUCAUGGGGUUUUUUGUUCCCUUUUCUCGAAACAAAAAGUGGGCAAUGGUAUCACACUAGUAAUCCAACAAGUUUAGUUGGAUCAAAUGGAUACAAGGUAUUGGUGGGGAACUACUUGAGAAAACACCCGAGUCUUAAUUAUGAUGAUCGUAGAAGGAUUGAGGUAUUCCUUGAAAAUAGAAUACCUUUUUCCAUACCAGUGACUGCAUACGUGGUGUGUGCAAUAAUCUGUGGAAUUAUUAUCCCAAGGAUGUUCUACCAGAUAACUUUCUUUAAUGUCCUUACAAUUUACAUUAUUAUACCGAUACUUGCGCUCACCAAUACCUAUGCAACUGGGCUCACGGACUGGAAUGUUGCAUAUACUUACGCCAAGUUCACAAUCUUCAUCGUCUCAUCAUGGGUUGCCAAACCUGGUGCAAUUGUCGCUAGCCUUGUAGCAUGUGGGCUAGUGGUGUCAGCACUUCAUGUUUCCUCGCAAGCAACACAAGACGUGAAGACAGGUUACAUGACACUAACCUCACAACGAGCCCUGGUCAUCAUGCAAAUUUUGGGUAUAAUCACUGGUUCAAUUCUUACCCCAUGCAUCUUCCGUGCCUUCCAAAAAACGGCCAAGGCACACAUUCCCAUUGGAGCACCAGACUCAGAAUACCCAUGUCCAUAUGCUGGGGUUUAUCGUUCCAUCGCGGUGGUUGGCACAGGAGGUGUCAAGGAGCUCCCUGACCAUUGUCUAAAGUUUUGCUUUGCUGCAGCUUGCUUUGCCAUUGCAGUCAACACACUCUCAAUUGUGUCUCAGAGGAAAGGAUGGAAAAUAAUGAACUACAUUCCCAAUGUCACCGUGUUUGCAUUGCCAUUCUUCAUUGGAUCAUCUGGCCCCAUUGAUAUGUGCAUAGGCACUAUAGUGAUGUUUGUAUGGACUAAAAUUAAUAGCCAAAGUGCCACUUUACUAUCAUCAGCAGUUGCAGCAGGCUUGAUGUGUGGAGACGGGCUAUUUGCACUACCAUCAUCAAUGCUCACCCUUUUCAGUGUGGAGCCACCCAUGUGCAUGAAGUUCAUUCAGAGCGGAAAACAACUUGACUUGGCAGAUUCCUUCAUAAAAACUAUCUCCGCGCCUACAAAGCCAUGA